AGCUCAAUUUCCAUAAGCAAAACCAGAGUCCCUCGUCACAAGAAAGAGAAAUCCAACGACUCCGUCUCCGCACUGCCAUUUGACCCGCCAAUACUCCUUUUACUUUCUUUAAUAAUUUCCGUCCAAUCCAAUAAAGUUUGGAUGGAGGGGAUCUCGAUCCAUCAAGUAUAGAUUGACGCCGAGUACUUUUAUCUUCUCCACCUUGUGAAACCCGAUUCCGAAGGUUACCGGCCUCUUUCGGCGUCUUAGAAUCGCCAAAUUUCCAAUCUUUGGAAGAACCUCCGCGACUUUCUAGGGUUCUAUCUCCUCGUCCCCUCUAUCCCUAGGGCUUUAUCACGUUUAGAGUUUUGAUACUGUUCCUUCUUAUCUAGGUUUUUCCCGAUCGAUUGUUGGAUUGCUGAAUUCGCCAUUUCCAGGUGUUUCGCUGUUGAGAAAUACACUGAUUUUGGGGGAUUUUAGGCUUCAGUUCUUUCGGCCGGUGCCGAAGUUUGAUUCUUUUCUGACUUUUCGUAUAUAGUUUAGUGUUGGUUUUUUCCCUCUCGGUUUGGAUUUGGCCAUGGGGGACUGGCAAGAGCUCGGCCAGGCUGUGUUCAUCGGCCUGAUCUUCUCCUUCCUCCUCGCCAAGCUUAUCUCCACCGUCAUCUCCUUCCGAGAGGAGAACCUCAAGGUCGUCCGCGAAGGGGACAUCUCUGCCGGAAGCCGGGAGAUCGAAUCCGACGUCAAGAACAACGCCGAGCUCCAGCUUUCUUCACUCAAAGCAGAAUCCGCUAAGAAUGGCAGAUCUAGGGUCGGCGAAGAAGGCGCUGGGGCUUCCGAGAAGCAGGAGUUGCUGAAAGGUGAAAGCUUUUUGGGAGACGAUGAUGAUAGCGACUGGGAGGGGAUCGAGAGCACGGAGCUGGAUGAGGCGUUCAGUGCGGCUACUGCUUUUGUGGCUGCAACUGCUGCUGACCGGACAUCGGCCAAGGUCUCCAGUGACGUCCAGCUGCAGCUUUAUGGGCUCUAUAAGAUUGCCACCGAGGGGCCCUGCACUGCACCUCAACCUUCAGCUCUUAAGAUCACAGCUCGGGCCAAGUGGAAUGCAUGGCAGAAAUUGGGUGCUAUGGAUCCAGAAGAAGCUAUGCAGAAGUACAUUACAAUUGUGAGUGAGUUGUAUCCUUCUUGGGCAGACGGUUCCACAACUAAAAAGAAAGAUGAAGAUACUGCUGCUUCUAGCUCAUCUGCAAAAGGAACAAUGGGGCCAGUUUUCAGCAGUUUUGUUCAUGAGGAAGAGUCAGAGAAUGAUCUAAAGCUAGAUGCUAUCCAUGUUUCUGCAAGAGAAGGUGAAGCUGAUGACAUUCUCAAGCAUAUAGAGAAUGGUGUUUCAGUGAACUUGAGAGAUAGUGAAGGGCGGACUCCAUUGCAUUGGGCUGUAGAUCGUGGCCAUGUUAGUGUGGUAGAGAUUCUUCUUAGCAAGAAUGCAGAUGUAAAUGCUAAGGAUAAUGAAGGUCAGACCCCGUUGCAUUAUGCUGCUGUCUGUGAGAGAGAAGAGACUGCUCUGUUGCUUGUCAAACAGCAUGCAGAUCCCAACUCGAAGGAUCAUGAUGGCAAUUCACCUCUUGAUCUUGGGGGAUCGCAAUGGUCUUUUAUGACCCUUGCUAGCUAAUCACCCUCUCCUUACUCUGCUUUGCUUCCUUCUUCUCACAAAGUAGUACUGGAAAUUUUUCAAGUUUUUAUGUUGUAUAUACAUCUGCCUGACAUUUUAAGUCAUGAAUACUUUUAAUCUCUCUUAAAAGCGGUUUAUGCGAGAAUGGCACUUAGAAUAU